UUCUGCGUCAUUAACACCACGCCCAGAAGAGGAGUGGUGUUAUACACACGUAUUCCUAGCUAUAGCCCUGGUCGCAGUUGAAUUGAAAAAGCCUGAACUGAUAGGCUCCAUUUUUGGAAGGACUCAAACUUUGUUGCUUGUCACUGGACUUUUGCAGCAGUUCAUUAAAUGCUGACUGGAAAUGAAGACAUAAAAUUAUGUGAGGAGCUCUACUCAUUCAACAAUCUUUGCACGUCGCCACCGGAUUCUGGGCGCAGCAUUCAGGAAUUUCCAGUUUUCCCAUAGUGCAUUUCAGCAGUUAAUAUAUUUCAUUGGCUUUGGUGUCAUACCUCUAUGGCGCGGACCUGUGUUUGGCAGUGGCCAGUAGUUAAAGUGUAUCUGAUACCUGUCAUUAUCAAGCUCCAGUGCUCUAGUUUCAGAGGGAAGAACCAUCCCAAAUUCAUUUCAGAAGUGACUCCAGGAUCAAAGCCAGUUUUUAGUGUAUCAUUCUUUUGAGGAUUGCUUAUGCCCUGUUCUGGCGUGAAAGAAAGAAAUGUAGAUGAUUGUAAGCUACCGGGGACAAUUUCUAGCCUCCACAUUUUUAUUAGAAUAACAAGUUUUCACAGUGGAGUUUGCAUGAGACAUCAUGGACAUUAAUGCUGUGAACGCACUCUCGUAUGAGGACUUUUUGGAAAUAUUUGGGAACGUGAUUGAGAAAUGUCCCAUCAUCCCAGCUGCGAUAUGGAUCCACCGUCCGUUCACAGGCCUAGCGGACAUUGAGGCUCACAUAUCCGACUUCAUCGACAGUCUACCUGAAUCAGGUAAAGAAGGAAUCCUCCGGUGCCACCCGGACCUGGCGGGCAGGGAGCUGCAGAGCGGCGCGUUAACCCGGGACUCGCAGGAGGAGCAGCGCGCGGCUGGCUUCACCGACCUGCAGCCUGCCGAGGUAUCGCGCAUGCGCAGCCUCAACUCCGAGUACAAGGAGCGCUUCGGCUUCCCGUUUGUCAUCUGCGCGCGGCUGAACACCAGACAGGACAUCAUGCGCGAGCUGCUUCAGCGCCUCGGCAACGACCGUGCGGCGGAGAGAGCGCGCGCCAUCGGCGAGGUGAAAAAGAUUUGCGCGCUGCGACUGCGCAACCUCGUGCUGUCCGACUCCGCAAACAAGCUCUGAGGUGACGAGCUUUGCGUGAACUCUGCGUGAAAACGGAAGGAAUGAUCACGUAUAAUGUAGAAUUUGCUUAGCAUUUACUUUUCUUUUAUUUGACUGUGAUCAGUGUGUCAUUUAUAAUGCUUACAAUGCAUCAUGUUCACAAUUCAUAAUGCACAAUAGAUAGCCAUAAAGUGUUAUGCAUUUUCAUAAAUAAUCAGGACAACGUGUAUAUUGUAUUUGAGAGUAUUAAAACAUGAUAUGAAUGUGUUCACACUUCAUUAUGAAUAUGACUUUAAUAGAAAAAGUUACCAAGUUGUAUAACUAAUCACUCAGGGAUUUUUUAAAAAUACUUUUUUUGUUGUUUUUUAAUAAACAAAAAUGUCCAUAUUUCAAACAGA